AGCGCAAGCCUCUCGUCACUCGCACUCCUAAGGAAAACUGGAAGAUACACUCAGGAUGGCUUCAGCGGUACGUGCUUUAUUAAUUUGCACACUGACAUGCAUAUUAAUGGUUGAAAUGGGAGACAGUAACUGAAAAGUUCUCUGAUGAAGGUUGAAAUGGGCCGGCCUUUUACCUUUCGCGCGUUUGGUUGAGUCUAUCCCGGGUGAGAAACGCGUCGCCAUCGAUGGGUCUUUGCUGAGCUGCUUAGUGGACCGUUGGAGGCCAGAGACCCACACGUUUCACUUCAGAUGGGGAGAGAUGGCUCCUACUCUGGAGGAUGUGUCACUUUUGCUGGGACUACCGUUGGCAGGUCAUGCCGUAGGACCGUUGGACGCACCGGCUGGUUGGGAGCGAGCUCUCACAGAACGUUUUCACGGUGUUUUUCCGGAUGCUCCCGAUCCGGUAUGGGAGCAUCACGGACCUAAGUAUGAGUGGUUGCUAAAUUUCCGGAUCCAGAACUUCCGGGCGCCCUUGACUGCGGAACAGAUCACUCGGAGCCUCGAGGCCUACUUACUGUGGCUUUUCGGCAAGGUGAUGUUCACGGAGAACCAUGUCACCACUAUCAGCGCCCUCUACAUCCCUAUGGCACUCGAGAUAGCGAGCGCUCAGACGGCGGAUCAGAUCAGACAGAGGAGUUGGGGUUCGGCGGUGUUAGCGGCUACAUACCGAGGUAUGUGCAACGGUUGCCAGCUUACAUCGAGAAAGCCAGCCCUUCUUGGAUGCCCUCUAUUCCUACAGCUGUGGUCGUGGGAGAGGUUCUCUAUAGGGCGACCAGAUGUACGGGUUCAUGAGCCUAUAGACGCCAUGUUUGAUGUUGAGGGCAUCGACAUGCCUACUUUCGGUCUGUGUUGGACUCGUCGCAAGAGACGCUUUGCUAGUGAUCAGACCAGGAAGGCGUACACAGCAUUGAACGAGCAGUUCGAUGCGUACACCGGGGUCAUCUGGCAGCCCUACACGGAAGCAGCCAUACAAGCGAGAUACCCUGCUGGUAUGUCUGUGCUAUGCACAAGGGAUCGAGAUUACUGGAUGACAAAAUCGAAGAUCAUCUUCGAUGUCUUCGUCGAGGAGAUGGCACAACAGAGGGUUAUGAGGCAAUUUGGUCUUCUGCAGUUGGAGCUACCUCCCCCUAUAGAGAACCCGGUGCCAGCACACAUCCACAGGCUACCUUGACACGCGAACUGUACGACGACGUGACCACCUUUGGACGAUCACUAUCGUCUGGACCUC